UUUGAUUGGCUUCUCAUUUGCAACGUGGAAUUUUUUUACAUUUUGGCUUGGCGUGGUUUGAAAUGUUGGCGCGCACGAACCAACGCUAAUGAAAGCUGCAGUGACUUAUGACUGAUAGACCUUUUAGGUUUAAUAGACGAGCAAGUUUACGGGGACGUUCACAGACACUUGGUUCUAGUGACCAUCUUACAGGAAACGGCAUCAACUCCCGCUCCUCUUCAAGAAACUCAUCUUAUCAAAACUUCUUUCCGCCAGAAGAUAUGAACGACUUGGAGGCAGGACGCUCCUCUUCUUUCAUUCAGAAUGGAAAUGGUACAGAAUACGAACAGACUUAUUCCUCCAAGUUCGGGCUGAAGCGCUUUCAACCCAAGUUAGGGUUCUUGUGGUGCUGGUUAUUCCUCAGAAGGACUUCAAGUGCACUUUCCAAUUGGAGUGUUUUUGUUUUCUUAAGAAAUGUCAGAGUCAUCCGUAUAGCCAUUGCAACUCUUGCUUGCUUGGUUGGAUUUUUGUUCAUCUUUUCUUUUGGGAUCCAGCUGGAGUUCCGUAAGGAAAAGAAUGGCGUCUAUUUUCAAUUGGAAUGGCGGGAUCUCAACGAGAACUUGGAAGAUUCUCUAGGACCAUGGAUUUUCGGGGUUGUUGCGGAUCUUGACAAAAAUUCAAGAGUGUCUAAAACCGAAUCUAACCAAACUGAUGUUUGGAAAAGUUAUUUCAAAAGGGGAAAACUUACUCGAAUGGAAGAGUCUAGUUAUGUAGUGGACUGGUUGGAUCGUGCCGAAGGUGUUGAGAUACUCACCAAGAUCAGUGAGGACGGAAGAGGAAUGGAGCUUUCGGAUCUAUGCCGCUUUCAGAACAGAACAUUAGCACCUGAUGAUCGCACCGGAAUUAUUUAUGAGAUAGUCAAUCCACUUGGCGGAAUCAAUGGAAUUACGGGUGCUCCUUAUGCUGCCACUCGAUAUGUCUUGCCCGAUGGAAAUGGAAACGAGGUAAAAGGUUUUAAAGGUGAAUGGAUGACAGUAAAGGAUGGCUUUCUUUAUGUUGGAAGUCAUGGAAGGGAACGAACAGAUGCUAAAAAUGGUACCCAUAUCGAGUCUUAUAACCCUAUGUGGAUAAAGAGAAUUGAUUCGAGAGGCAAUAUUGAACAUAUAGAUUGGUCAGAAAAUUACAAUGCUGUAAGGAAAGCGGUUGGAGCCAGUUUUCCAGGAUAUUUGGAGAAUGAAGCUGUACUUUGGAGUAGUCGAAGACGGAGUUGGAUAUUUCUUCCACGUCGAUGGUCAUUAGAACCAUAUGAUGACGAAAAGAAUGAGUUCAGAGGUUGGAAUAAGGUCAUUGUUUGUGAUGAAAGUUUUUCUAAUAUUCGAAUGGUAAACUUGGAUAUGGAACUUGAAGAAGAGAAGGGCUUUUCUAGUGCCAGAUUUGUUCCGGGGUCCAAGGAAACGUUGAUUUGUGCACUUCGAACGAUAGAGCAUGAGGAAAAGAAAGCUUAUGCAACAUAUAUGACCAUCUUUUCUAUUGAGUCUGGAAAUGUCGUUCUACCAGAUACUUUGAUUGGUAACCAAAAAUAUGAAGGUAUAGAAUUUUUGGCAGAAAGUCUGUGAAAUGUUUCUUGUAAGGAUAAGUUUGUGAUAUUGAAUAUCUUUUUAUACAAGAAGAACGAAUCAACAUUUACUACACACUCAACAUGUUGUAAUCAGAAGCAGUUGGGAUGAGAAAUAUUCUAUGCAACCUUUUCAAGUAUAUUUCAGUUCACAGAAAGCGCAUAUUCGAGUGUAAACACAAAUGAUAAUAAAGUAUCCAAUAACAGUUUAUUUUUACAAUGCAAAACAAAUAAAUGCAAAUAAAAAGACAACGUAAGAAUAUCCAGUUGAAACUUA